UUCAGAAUUUAUUGAUAAUUAUAAAAAUAAGAUCCAGUGUUAUUUUUCAAUGUGUCAACUUGUGGGAGUGAUCACUGUAUUUUCAUUUUACGGCUAGGUGGCAACUCUGUAGAGAACAGCUGUUCGUCAGAAACAAUUGGAAUUUUCUUGAAAAUCACAAUGACGGGAACCAAGGUGUUGCGCUCCCUGCUGCACGAAUUGCGCCAGGCAUCUCCAAAUGGCUGCAUCAAGGACUCGCUGGCCGCGCGCUACAUUUUGGCGCAAUACAAGAAGUUCGCCACCACGGAGCAACAAUUCUGCAAGGCGCGCAACGAGGCUACUUUCCUGGGUCAAACCUACCUAACCUACCUAGCCAGCCAGCGCCAGUACUUGAAGCUCUACAAGGAAUACCACGGGAGGGGCGAAAGAUCCGUAAGGGAUACCGCCGAUUUGGUGGGCUUCAAGCUGCCCUCGGAUCCCAAGUGAUCUAGUUAUAUAGAAAGAUAGUUACUAGCGUAGUGCGAUUAAAGCGUCCCAAUGUUGCAAACUC